UGUAGAGGCAAACGCAUGCGCCCUCGCCAAGUCAUUCUCACCUCCGCCAGUUUGGUUAGAACUCGUGAUGAUGAAGACGAAAUUGACAAGAAUUUGAGGAUUGAGGUACUUCUCCCACCAAAACAGCGCACUGAUGGGACACUCGAAUUGUACCAUUUGAACUAUAAUAUUGCUAUCAUCAGCGUUGAGAAGCAUUUUCUUUCUGCUCGUCCAGAAAAUAUCUUCUCUAGAUCAGCACAGAAGCUACCUGAAGAAGUAGUAGCUGUAGGACGUGAUGCUGCAGAGGGAUUACUCUUGGCCUCAAUGGGUAAAGUGAUCGACAUGCCUCAUUGGAUGUCUACCGAACUUGACUGCCAAGACCUUAAGAUGUCCACUUGUAAGAUAAAGAAGGUUGGGAUUGGAGGGCCCCUUAUUACUUCUCAUGAUGGUCGUUUUGUUGGCAUGAACUUCUAUGAUGACACACACAGAACUCCUUUCCUGCCACGGAGUAAAAUUGUUGACGUUUUGAAAGGGAUUGAUCUCCCAUCGGAAAGAGGUUUGAACUGUCCAGUCAACAUGAUGGACAACACAACAACAAUUAAGAAAAACAGGUGGCCCGUGCCCGAGGCAUAUUGGUAUCAUCCUCUGUUUGAUGACGAUCUUGAUCCAAUUCGCCCCUAUGUCGGAAGGGUUCUCCAAUAGAUGCUAUCGUUCUCCUUGUGUUUAUUAUGUAGUACUAAGUAUUUUCGGACCUUACAUUAGUUGUAUUUGUUUCCGGUUGACCUAUAUAAGUAUAUAACCACGGUUACUUUCUGGAAUGUACUAUGGAAGCCAGUAAUAUAUGAACGUGGCGAAGCUUGCCAUUGUA